UCUAGGGCUGUCGUGAGGUAAUCUAUCCAUUCUCGCCACUAUUCGCCGGGAAGGCCUACAUGUGGUAAUCGUAGAAAGCGCACAGUGCAAUAUGAGAAAAAAGCAAUAACAAUAAGAGCGCGCACCAGUUGCUUUUAAGCCGGGAAAUGUACAUGGAACAUUGUAGACUUUACUAAACCUGAAGAUUGUUUGAUCACGUGAACCAACCUUAAACCAGCAGAAAACUAAUACCAACCAAACGCAAGUUUGAACGACAAUGGAAUUUGCGUUCUCCUGACCCCUGGGAACCGUUGUGAUUUGCCUGGAUUUAAAAGCACAAGUUGCUGACAAAUUGGAUAAACUUACCCUCCAAUUCGGCCAGCCGACGGCACUGAACUCACUUUCCUUGUAUCCAGAACCAAACGGCGGGUCGUGGAAUUAAACCUGAUUUAUAAGAAUUGAAGGUACACAAUGGGGAACCAGGAAGUGUAAUUCCGGCACGUUUGGAAUGGCUGCAUCUCAAUAGUUUAAAGUGGCUUCAUCUCCUCGCCUCCUUUCCUUCAUCUGCACUGAUGUGAAAGAGCUGAACAGGUGAACACUAUAUUCCGAUUGGAGCUGUAGAGGAGGUGUUUUUAACCAAACCAAGCUGCUGGGAGGUCAAGAGGUGACAUGCCUCUGUAACGCAUCGUUGGAAACAAAUGAAUGGUUGCCAUGCCUCCGGGGAUGGUGCGACAUGGUUUCUCAGUCCCAGCGGCGGUCCCAGUACUGUCGCUGCUGCUAGCCGCCAGCUGGCCCUCCUAUGGCCUGGCCUGGGCCUCUGACCCCUCCACCACCCCCUCUUCCCCUUACCCCACCUUCACCCGCACAGACGCCCUCUUCGAGCACCUGGCCCUGCACCCGGACCCUGCAGUCGGGCGCAUCUACGUGGGGGCGCGGGACCACCUCUUCCAGCUGGACCGCAAUCUGACCGCCGAGCUCCAGGACAACACGGGGCCUGUGACGGACAGCCGCGAGUGCCUGCCCCCCGUCACCGAGAGCAACUGCCCGCAAGCGCGGCGCACCAGCAACCACAACAAGCUCCUGCUGGUGGACCCCUACGCCAUGGAACUGAUCACUUGCGGCAGCGUCAACCAGGGCAUCUGCCAGAAGCGGAGUCUGGACUCGGUGGGUACGGUGCUGUUCUCGGCCGAGCGGCCCGUGGACACGCAGUACGUGGCUGCCAACCACCCCAACGUGAGCACGGUGGGCCUGGUGGUGCGCUCCCGCCCCGACCGCCAGCCCGUGCUCUUUGUGGGCCGCGGUUACACCAGCAGCCACCCACCCAUCUCCACACGCAACCUGGCCCAGGAGCCCGUCUUCUCCUACGAAGAAACGGCGAAGCUAGCGGUGGCGGGUCGCCUCUCGGAGUACGACCACCACUUCGUGGCGUCCUUCGCCCACCGCCAGCACGUCUACUUCCUGUUCUACCGCCGCGACAUUAAGUCUCAGUCUCGCGAGUACCGCACCUACGUGUCACGCGUGUGCCUGGACGACCAGGCCUACUACUCGUACGUGGAAGUGCCUCUGGCCUGUCGCUCGGCGGCCGGGAAGAGCUACAACUUGCUCCAGGCUGUCCGCCUUGGUCUACCACCCAAGCAGAGUGGGGGCGAUGCUGGGCAGGCAGAGGUGCUCCUGGGUGUGUUCUCCACCCGGCAGGCCUCGUCCACGCGACCCAGCGAGGACUCUGCUCUUUGCAUGUUCAAUCUUGACGAUUUGGACCAGAGGAUCAACUCCACCAGGGACCUGUGUUACACGCAGUUCGGCCGGGACGAGGGAGGGGGGGAGGCGGCCUACAUCGAGUACGAGGUCAAAUCCAACUGCGCCAACCUGCCGUCGAAUACCCUUGAUGCCUACCCCUGUGGUUCGGACCAUACCCCCAGUCCAAUGGCCAGCCGGGUGCCGGUGGAAACCGAGCCCAUAUUGGACAGCCCGUCCGCCCGUCUCACCGCAGUGGCUGUCAGCGUGAGGGUGGGACAUACCAUCGCCUUCCUGGGGGACUCCAAGGGGAACCUGCGCAAGGUGUUCCUGGGCCCUAAUGGUGAGGUGGAGGAGUAUGCCGUCGUCUCCAUCCAGGCCAACGCAGCCAUCAGCUCUGACCUGGUCCUGGAUCAGUCGGAGGAACACCUCUUCAUCAUGACCUCCACCAUGCUGCAGAAGAGGCCGGUGGCAGAGUGCCACGAACACCUGGACUGCCAGGCCUGUUUGUCGGCCCACGACCCCUAUUGUGGCUGGUGUGUCCUGGAGGGGAGGUGUGGCCAGCGGUCUCAGUGUUCACACAGGGCUCAGGAGGGCCAGUGGCUGUGGAGCUUCGACAUGGAGCAGCAGUGCCUCACCAUCCAGUCCCUCAGCCCCUCCAACAUCAGCCGUGAGGAGAAGGGACGUAUUGCUCUAUCGGUGCCGGGCCUGCCCAUCCUAGAAGAGGACAACUCGUACGCCUGUUACUUCCAUGACACUGAGAGUCCUGCCACCGUCACCGACACGGGCGUCACCUGCCUCUCCCCUGACCCCCACAGGGUGCCAGCUGUGCCCCCUGGACAAGAGUUUGUCACGGUCACCCUGUCCCUGCGCUUCGGUAACGUCGUCGUCACGGCGACAGAGUUCACCUUCUACGACUGUACCGCAGUCAAGCAGCUGUCUGGGAGCGUGCCUUGCCGUGGUUGCGUGUUGAGUCGCUGGGGCUGCAACUGGUGUGUGCACCAGCACACCUGUACCCACAAGCCCACCUGUGACAAGGGGGUCAUCAUCUACAACGAACACUUUAAACUCCCCACCUCGGCUCCUCCCACUACUAAAGCCGUAACUAUAACAACGACUUCCCCAUCCACAACUGUGGCCCCCACAACAGCAACUGCGCCCCCAACAACUACAACAGCAACCGCACCCCCAACAACGACAACUACCACAAUUACAACAACUAUCGCCACGACUACAACAACCGAAGCCCCAACCACCAUAGCUACCACCGAGGAGCCUCCGACAACAACCCUGCCUACAACCGUCCCCACAACCACCACACCGGAGCCGACUACACCGCCCACCACUGCUAUGUCGACGGAGGCCCCCACCACUCUUCCCCCUACAACGUUAGUCGAGGCUACAACGCCCAGGCCUGAGACCACCACCAGUGAGAAAGAGGAGCAAACAACCACAGGAGAGCUCUUUGCAGAGGCUGAAAGUGAAACUGAAGGCCCUGUGGUUACCCCUGGUGACAUGGAGCUCGCCGCAGAAACCGAGGUGGCGACAGUUAUGACCGAAGACGAGCAGCCGUCCGAUGAUCUCGCCACCCUAAACCCCCUGGCAUUCCCCCCCGAGACAUCCCCAUUGGAAGUGGUCACCGCGUCCCCCCCUCAGGAACUGGACGAGGCUUUGACUCUGGCCAAGCCCCCCAUGGAGGUYCAGCCCACCACUGGCAGCUCCCCCUUCCCGACCCCCUUCCCCCUGUGGGAACCGGCCAACUCGGAGCCCACCUUCCACCUAGACCUGACGGGAGCCCACUUCCCUCCCCCGCUAGAGCCCCUCCCCCCCACUGAGGCGGAGGGCCAGGGAGCCGAGCCGGAAGUGUUCCUCUGGCCCAUGGAGGAAGUGGAAGAGGAGACGGAGGGCACAGCGGCGGAGAACGACACCAGCGUGGCGUUUUCGGCCACCACCGUGCUUUCAGGGGACGGAGAGGCAGCUGAGCACUCCCCUUCGGCCUCUGCCUACCCCCGGCUUCUUGACGCCGACUCAGAGCUGGACUACCAGUACGACUCGGCCGACAUCUUCCUGCCGGGGGACGAGGGCUCCUAUGUGAGUUGGGGCUCGUCUGCUUGCCCCUGUGUGGAGAAGGUCAAGGAUUCGCCUCUGUUACCAGUCAGAGUGGAGAGGAAGAUCACGCUACUCGCCCGAAACCUCCACCUGUACCAGGACAGAGACCUGGACUACGAGUGUGUGUUGGUGAUCGAGGGCCGUACGGUGGUGGUGGACGCCUAUGUGGAGAUGGACGAGAUGGACCCGUCUCUCUUUGACAUCACCUGUCAGCUGCACCAGUAUUCCUACUCUGCCCCGGCGGAAGAGUACAACGCCAUGGUGUACGUGAAGAGGCGGGACACCUUCCACGUGGACAGCGCUCACGACCUGUAUGUGACUCUGUACAACUGUUCAGUGGGGCGUUCAGACUGUAGCCGGUGUCACACGGCGGACCAGAAGUAUGGCUGUGUGUGGUGCGGAGGGAGCCAGUCCACAUGUCUGUACGGAGACUCCUGCAGCGAGCCCAUCGAACAGACCUGCCCCGCCCCCGUCAUUCAUGCCAUCGAGCCCCUGUCAGGUCUGGUGGAGGGGGGCACGGUGGUGACCAUCUCAGGGUCCAACCUGGGCCAGAAGGCUGAGGACAUUCUCCACUCUGUCAGUGUGGCCGGGGUGUCUUGCUCUGUCAUCCCCCACCUCUACGAGGUCUCCUCCAGGAUCGUGUGUAAGACUGAAGCCAGCGGGGGAGAGAAGAUGGGCCAGGUGUCAGUAGAAGUGAGCGGGGGAGAGUUUGGCCUCUCCAGCCAGAGGUUCAGUUACCAGGACCCCUUUGUGAUGGAGGUGUCCCCCCAGAGGGGUCCCAUGGCGGGGGGAUCAUCCCUUACCAUCACUGGGAGGAACCUGCUCACGGGACGCCCCUCUGACAUCACUGUCACUGUGGGAGGAGUGCCCUGUGUCAUUUCGUCGGAGGUCCAGGAGGGCAGUGUGGUGUGUGUGACGGGCAGCAGCAACAGGACGGGCGAUCACCGCGUGACGCUUCACUAUGGCAACAGCCAGCGCCACCUUCACGAGUCGGCCUACCGCUUCACCCCCAACCCCAACAUCACCCAGGCCGCGCCCGCCAAGAGCUUCCUCAGCGGUGGUCGUCUGGUCUUCGUGUCUGGUCAUAACCUGGAUGUGGUGCAGGAACCUAGGAUGUUGGUGACCCUGUCCCCCUAUGAGUCCAUCGGCCAGAGGAAGAGRAGGAGGAGUGGAGKCGAAAGGGAGGAAGAGACUGAGGAMAAGGUGCUGCUGUUGAGGCAUCGCAGGAUCGUCCCGGAGCCCCAUUGCCCCGGCAACCCCCUAUGCUCCAUAAAACAGUACAUAGAGCGCUGCGAGGUGAACUCCUCCAGUCUGAUCCUGUGUCGGAGCCCGGCGGUGGAGCCCUCGGUGUGGGGCUCGCGGGUUGAUGUGGCCUUCCUCCUGGACAACCUGCGCUUCCCGUUCGGUGCCGUCAGCCCCCAGGGGGCCUUCAGCUACGAGCCCAACCCUGUGCUGCACCCGCUCAACCAGCAGGAGCCCCUCAAGCCCUACCGCUACAACCCAGGAAGCUUCAUUCAGCUGGAGGGUGAGAACUUGGACCUGGCCAUCUCUAAGGAGGAGGUGGUGGUACUGGUGGGGGAGGGUGUGUGUGCCGUGAAGACCCUCACCAGGAACCACCUGUACUGCGAGCCCCCGCCCCAGCAGCCCAUCCCGGGACCUCCCAACGGCGGCAGGAAGCGCGAGGGCGCCGACACGCUGCCCGAGUUCACCGUCCACAUGGGCAACCUGAACUUCUCCCUGGGCAGGGUGCAGUAUGACACCCUCAGCCUGUCCACCUUCCCCCUCGAGGCCCAGAUAGGGGUGGGCGUGGGGGCCUCCAUUGUAGCCCUCAUCGUCCUCAUCAUAGUCCUCAUCUACAGGAGGAAGAGUAAGCAGGCUCUGAGGGACUACAAGAAGGUACAGAUCCAGUUGGAGAACCUGGAGACCAGCGUGAGAGACCGGUGCAAGAAAGAGUUCACAGACCUGAUGACGGAGAUGAUGGACAUGUCCAGUGACCUGGUGGGCUCAGGCAUUCCCUUCCUGGACUACCGGCGCUACGCCGAGCGGAUUUUCUUCCCGGGCCACCGSGAGUCGCCCCUGCGGAGGGAUCUGGACGUGCAGGAGUGUCGACGGGCCACAGUGGAGCAGGGCCUGGUGCAGCUCUCCAACCUGCUCAACAGCAAACUCUUCCUCACCAAGUUCAUCCAUACUCUGGAGAGCCAGCGGACGUUCUCGCCUCGGGACCGGGCCUACGUGGCAUCUCUCCUGACGGUGGCGCUGCACGGUAAACUGGAGUACUUCACCGACAUCCUCAAGACCCUCCUCAAUGAUCUAGUGGAGCAGUACGUGGCCAAGAACCCAAAGCUCAUGCUGCGAAGAACGGAGACAGUGGUGGAGAAGCUUUUGACCAACUGGAUGUCCAUCUGCCUUUACGCUUUCCUCAGGGACUCUGCAGGCGAGUCCCUGUACAUGUUGUUCAGGGCUAUCAAGCACCAGGUGGACAAGGGGCCGGUGGACGCGGUGACGGGAAAAGCAAAGUACACGCUCAACGACAACCGCCUGCUCCGAGAAGACGUGGAGUACAAGACCCUGACCCUGAACGUGUUGAUGCAGGGUGGGGGGGUGAACGAGACCCAGCCGCUGCCCUCCAAGGUGCUGGACAUAGACACCAUCACCCAGGUGAAGGAGAAACUCCUGGACCAGGUCUACAAGGGCACCUCCUUCUCCCACCGGCCACACACAGACUCCCUAGACCUGGAGUGGAGGUCCGGUGUAGCUGGUCAUUUGAUCCUGUCUGAUGAAGACCUGACAUCUGUUGUCCAGGGCAACUGGAAGCGCCUCAAUACACUACAACACUACAAGGUUCCAGAUGGCGCGACAGUGGCUUUGGUCCCGCGCCACAGCAAACACAUCCACCACGACAAUCAUGACUACGUAGCAGGGGAAAAGACGCCCAUGCUGGAGGACGCGGACGAGGGCGGGGUGAGGCUGUGGCACCUGGUCAARGCCAGUGAGGAGCCYGAGCUACCCAAGCACCGCCGGGGCAGCGUGAGGGAGAGGGAGAGGGCCAAGGCUAUACCAGAGAUCUACCUCACACGCCUGCUCUCUAUGAAGGGAACUCUGCAGAAGUUUGUAGACGACCUGUUCACUGUGAUCCUGUCUACCAGUCGUCCCGUUCCGCUGGCCGUCAAGUACUUCUUUGACCUGCUGGACGACCAGGCGCAACACCACGCCAUCACUGACCCCGAGACCAUCCACAUCUGGAAGACCAACAGUUUGCCSCUGMGGUUCUGGAUCAACAUUGUGAAGAACCCCCAGUUCAUCUUUGACGUUCAGCCCUCGGACCACGUGGACGCUGUGCUGACGGUCAUCUCCCAGACGUUCAUGGACUCCUGCACCACCGCUGAGCACAAGCUGGGCAGAGAUUCACCAAUCAACAAACUGCUGUAUGCCCGAGACAUCCCCCGUUACAAGCAGAUGGUGGAAAGGUACUACGCUGACAUCAGACAGACCAUCUCUGCCAGUGAUCAGGAGAUGAACUCCGCUCUAGCAGAGCUGUCCAGGAAUUACUCAGGAGAGUUGAAUUACCUUGUCGCCCUGCACGAGUUGUACAAGUACAUCAACAAAUACUAUGACCAGAUCAUCGGGGCCCUAGAGGAGGACAGCAUGGCCCAGAAAAUGCAGCUGGGCUACCGGCUCCAGCAGGUCGCUGCAGCCGUGGAGAACAAAGUCACCGACUUGUGACAGCAGAACCACCGACCGAGACCACGCCGGCCAGGGGGACCACAUUAAGAGACGCGCACACUGUGAGGUUACCCACUAGAGUGGGGGAGGGAAACGCAGAGUGAGGAGCAAAAAGCCCCACCCCCUUUUCCACAUUAAGGGCCAAUGRGUGACUGGUGUUUACACACAAACUCUCCUUUUUUGGGGGGGGGGGAUUGGGCUGCUGGACACAUGAAGCCCUCUAGAGAUGGUGGUGGACACAAACCCUUCUCUCACUCUCCACUGUGGACAAAAACAGGAGGGAAAGGGCAAGGGAGACAUACAGACCAGGAGCCUUUGUUUGUAUGUCCCACCCGUUCAACCUUCAGCCCUGAGUUGGACCACGUUGUGGCAUCUGCGUCUGCCUCUCUUCUAGAACUCUCUGUGGAAGUAGGAGAAUUAUAAGAAAGUGCUUGGGAGAUCUGGAUGUUAUCCGGACGCUAUCUGGACAUUACGUGACGUGUCAAUGGAAACGUGCUGAAGUCAAAACUCUGUAGUCUCAAAUGAAUGAAUGAAAGAAGUCGUGUUAUAUGUAUCAACAUGGUGGUUCUAGUGGAAGCUAGAUGGAGAGUGAGUGUGAGAGAGAGAUGGAAAGGACUUACCGGUCACUGUUUUUGGUAUGGUAUGACGUGAAGCCUUUUCACAAUGGGAAACACUGGGUGGAUGAAAUGGAAAAGGGUACUUCCCAUGCCUUGUGCUUGUGUCGUUGCAUAAUUAGAGGUGGUAUGUCUGUCCAUCUCCCUCUUUAAAUGUGCAUGCGUGCAAGGGUAAACUGUUUUGGUUUACAUGCCCUGCCCACUGACACCAUUGUUUUAUGUAAUUGAGGAUAUAUAGUACCAGUCAAAAGUUUGGACACACCUACUCAUUCAAGGGUUUUUCUUUAUUUUUACUAUU